AUGGCUCCCGCGAUCGGUAUUGAUUUGGGAACAACCUACUCUUGCGUAGGCAUCUUCAGAGAUGACCGCAUUGAGAUCAUCGCCAACGAUCAGGGAAACAGAACAACCCCGUCCUUCGUCGCCUUCACAGAUACCGAGCGUCUGAUUGGUGACUCUGCCAAGAAUCAAGUCGCUAUGAACCCUUCAAACACAGUCUUUGACGCCAAGCGUCUUAUCGGACGCAAGUUUGCCGACCCUGAGGUUCAGGCCGACAUGAAGCAUUUUCCCUUCAAGGUCCUCGAUAAAGGUGGCAAGCCAGUCAUCGGUGUCGAGUUCAAGGGCGAGGAGAAGACAUUCACCCCCGAGGAAAUCUCGUCGAUGAUUCUUACCAAGAUGCGCGAAACCGCUGAAUCUUACCUGGGUUGUACCGUCAACAACGCUGUUGUUACAGUUCCAGCUUACUUCAACGAUUCUCAACGUCAAGCUACCAAGGAUGCCGGACUCAUCUCAGGACUGAACGUCCUCCGUAUCAUCAACGAGCCCACCGCAGCCGCCAUCGCCUACGGUCUUGAUAAGAAACAGACCGGAGAACGAAAUGUCCUCAUUUUUGACCUAGGUGGUGGCACCUUCGAUGUGUCACUGCUUAGCAUUGAGGAGGGAAUUUUCGAGGUCAAGUCUACCGCUGGCGAUACUCACUUAGGUGGUGAGGACUUUGACAACAGACUUGUAAACCACUUCGUUGCCGAUUUCAAGCGAAAGCACAAGAAGGAUCUAACUUCCAAUGCGCGCGCCCUUCGACGACUUCGCACCGCCUGCGAGCGUGCUAAGCGUACCCUCUCCUCAUCAGCUCAGACCUCAAUUGAAAUCGAUUCGCUGUUCGAGGGCAUUGACUUCUACACGUCUAUAACUCGUGCCCGCUUUGAAGAGCUGUGCCAGGAUCUUUUCCGGUCCACCAUGGAGCCAGUCGAGCGUGUCCUCCGCGACGCGAAGAUUGACAAGUCCUCCGUCCACGAAAUUGUUCUCGUCGGUGGCUCUACUCGUAUCCCCAAGGUUCAGAAGAUGGUGUCCGAUUUCUUCAACGGCAAGGAGCCAAAUAAGUCCAUCAACCCCGACGAAGCCGUUGCCUACGGUGCCGCUGUACAAGCUGCUAUCCUCUCCGGUGACACCUCUUCCAAGUCAACUAAUGAGAUUUUGUUGCUCGACGUUGCUCCUCUUUCCGUUGGUAUCGAAACCGCCGGAGGAGUGAUGACUGCUCUGAUCAAGCGCAACACGACCAUCCCAACGAAGAAAUCCGAAGUGUUCUCUACCUUCUCCGAUAACCAGCCUGGCGUGCUUAUCCAAGUCUAUGAAGGUGAGCGUGCCCGCACGAAGGAUAACAAUCUCCUUGGAAAGUUCGAACUCUCUGGCAUUCCGCCUGCCCCCCGUGGUGUACCCCAAAUCGAGGUUACGUUUGACGUUGAUGCCAACGGUAUCAUGAACGUCUCUGCUCUCGAAAAGGGUACCGGCAAGACUAAUAAGAUCGUCAUCACCAAUGACAAGGGUCGUCUAUCCAAGGAGGACAUCGAGAGGAUGUUGGCCGAGGCCGAGAAGUACAAAGCUGAAGAUGAGGCUGAAGCUUCCCGCAUUUCUGCGAAGAACGCCCUCGAGUCUUACGCAUACAGUUUGAGGAAUACCCUCUCUGACUCCAAGGUCGAUGAGAAGCUUGAAGCUGGUGAUAAGGAGAAACUUAAGGCUGAGAUCGACAAGACUGUCCAGUGGCUUGACGACAAUCAGCAAGCUACCAAGGACGAGUACGAGUCCCAGCAGAAGGAGCUUGAAGGUGUUGCCAACCCUAUCAUGAUGAAGUUCUACGGCGCUGGUGGUGAGGGUGGUAUGCCCGGUGGUAUGCCUGGUGGUGGUAUGCCCGGUGGUGGAUUCCCUGGUGCCGGUGCUGGUGGCGCUCCUGGCGGUGGCGAUGAUGGUCCUACCGUCGAGGAGGUCGACUAAAUGUCUCAUCCUUUCCUUGGCGUCAUCUUCUUCCUGCAUAGAUCCUUUGGGUGGACAGGAGUUAUUUGCUGGAGCUCACGCCUGAAGAUGAGCUUCUUACGGCUGUUCAUGUAGCGUGGGUCUCCUUUGUUAUGAAAUGAGAUAUAAUCAUUCGGACGGCAAAAGUUCGUAGAAUAAGACAAGGCUUAUGUCUUCCAUAAUCAAUACUUAAGAAAUUGUUCUCCACAUGUCUUACUAUGGCGCUCCGUCGAUAUUUACCCAGCUUAAAGAAAAAUCUUUCCAACGGCUAGGUCCGACAAGCGUUGAUACAAGCUAGC